AGCUCCAAAUUCCGAAGGUGGCUUCCAAAGUCCAACCUGCUGGGUUGAAACCUGACACUUGACAGACUCCGCGGGAGCUGCCACAGAAAGUGGAACCAGGAACCAGGAAAUGCUGAAGCCUCUUUACAUAGAAAAACAGCCAGGCUCCCUCCGAAUCAGAGCGCCAUGGGAAACGGGCUGUGCUGUGGGGGAAGCUGCAAAAGAAGAAAACUUCCAUCAGGAGACGUAAAUCAGACAAAUAUGGUUGGCUCUGGUGACAGUUGGAAAUGUACCAGCAAGAAAAAGAAUGGGAAGAGCUGCUUAUCCUCUCUUCAGAGGGAAAAGAUGACGGGGAGCCAAGCAAGAUGGACACAGAAGCAACAGCAGGAGCUGCAGCAGAAUGGUACAAAGGGCCAUGACACAGCAAGACAUACCUAUGAGGUGGUGUUAAAGCAUCCCGUGUCUCAAGGGAGGAGUCAAGACCUCAGUUCGGAGAGCAGCUUACAUUAUGCAGACAUUCAAGUGUGCAGUCGGCCCCAGCCACACUCUGCCCAGCGUGUGAAGCACCAGCAGUCAGAAAACAGGACAGAGUAUGCCACCCUUCGCUUCCCCCAGGCCACACGCCGCUAUGACAGCAAGAACGGGACACUCGUGUGAGCUGUGGGCAGGAGGGGCCUGUCUCCAUUUCACCACUACUUCUGAAGGGAGAAUCUACUGCUGUGAACUGGGUGGCAGCCUGGGGAUGGUGGCUGGCCACAUUUUAAAUUUAAAGAACUCAGGAGUCCUUGGAAUUAUGUGCCCCCAAGCUUGCUCUCUUUCCUAAACCUGUCUUUUAUUUGCCCCCUGUUCUUUAUCUUGGGGUUGUAUUUGGGUUAGCCAGAGGGGGAUGGAAUUCCACAUAAAGGGGGUUAGGUUGAAUGUGCAGGAAGGUAGGUUUGAGGCCCCCUACCUUUGCUUCUGCUUGAAAGAAAAGUACAGAAAGAACAGGUUACACCUUUAACACUUGAACUGAUCUUGUUGGACUUAAUAGGCUCUCUUUCACGCAUUUUAAUUCUAAAGCUGAAGAAGAGGUGUUGUGGAAAAGCUUUCUAAACUUUCACACUGCCCCCUGUGCUGGUAUGAGCAAAAUAUCCUCAGUGGCUAGGCCAAGGUCCCAGAUCUAAACAGACAAAAAUGAGGCAUGGUGGACAUUUUCUAUCGU